UUCAUCGAGGAAAAAUAUCUACUUUAGUACGUGUUAUGAAUCUAUAACCCAGUCCUCUCAACAGAGAUUAUUCGACAAAGAAACAGCCACAGUUUUAACAACUAAUUUAAUAUAACAUAUUAAAUAAAAGUGUGCGCUCAACAAACACCAUGGUGAACGGGUGGUUCGACGCCUUCAGAGAACAAGGAGGACCAACACUCUAUAGCGUCUCCAACAGGACUCCGGUCAUUCAGGAUAUCCGGAAUAUCAUCAUUUAUAUCAGUUUUACUACUUUCUUUGUGGCCUUUCUCAUCGUUUUCCCUGGCAUUAGGAAGGAGAGGCUGACGACCAUUGUCAGUGUAACCAUCAGUCUUUUUGUUGGAGCUGUAAUUCUUAUCUCUAACUAUGGCAGUGACUGGCACGUUGCUGAAGCUACCGUUUCUAGUCUUCAUAAAGCCUCCUCAAGAGAAAAGAUUGAUACAGACCUGGGUGUUCACAUUGGGUUAAACAGCGUGAAUAUAACUCUACAAGCUACGAAUCUGAAACCUCUUCAGGAAAUCAAUUACAAUGAAAGAUUUAGUUGGAUAGGAGCUACAGAAAUCAAAGACGACUACCGACAAGCACUGGUCAAAGGGUUGCCGUUUCCUAUUUUAACCAUUGCUGAAUACCUCAGUCAAGAUUUGGAGGGAUUUUCUUGGGGCAGACAAUACCGGCAGGCAGGAUACUAUUCCUACAUAUUACUUUGGACAGCGUUUGCUUUGUGGCUGCUGAUGAACAUCCUACUAUGCACUGUUCCCAGAUAUGGAGCUUACUGCAUGCAACUUACAGGGGUCAUCAUGCUGCUCACUAACGCCAUCUACGCUUUACUGCUGCCUCGAAAGCCUUUAGUCAUUCCUUUCGAAGGUGGAACCCUCGCAUUUAGAUAUGGCUGGUGCUUCUGGCUUUUACUUUCUGCUGGAAUCAUCGCAUUUCUGGUCGGGUUGACAGCUGCAGUCGUGGAUAUUAUAUUUCCACAAAAAUUCUCGACGAUAAUAGAGGUUGAUUACGAUUCCCCCUACCGGUACUUAGCUGGAAAAGGCAUCAAGUUGAAAAGAGAGCUAAGUAAAAGAUAUCAAAGAAAGAGUAAAGGCCUUAUACCUAAAGAUGACUCUUGUACCCUUGGGUGCAGCACACUGGGCAUUGAAAACGCUGCAUUCGAGAACGACGACAAAGAUGCCAACAAAAUGUUCAACGGGAAGAAAGCUGUUAGUCUUCAAGACUUCGGUACAUAUAUCCAGCAGGAGGAAACUACAACAGAAGUAUUCUCAACAAUUAAUAGGAAUGUGAAUUGCUCGAAAAAUGCCAAUGGUACACAUCAAGUUCAAGUGGAAUUGGAAUCAGCAGCAAUGUGGUGACGAUACCCUGAAGUCAUCUUUUUUUAUCAAUAAAGACUGAAAAGGGUCGAGUGUAAAAAUAUAAAAGUGCCACAUGUUUUAGUCAUGCUAAUAUAGUUCCAGAUUACCUUAGCUUUGGAAUAAUACAACUUACAAUAAAUUUGAAAAACAGACAAUUUUGUUUUUUGAGACUUUGAGUGCGCCAACCACAGCACUUUUUAUUGGUCUUUUGAAAAUAGACAACUUUUUGACUAGUAAAAAGAAAAACUUUUAUACUACCAAAAAACAUUGUGUUUCGUAACUUAUACCGUUGAGCAGAGAAGUAAAAGCACGUGUAUAUUUGUAAUAUUAAUAAACCAAUGAUGAAAGUGCAUAUAACCUAUUUGAUAUGAUUACAAGAACUCAAGUGUUCUUACUGAAUAGAAAAGACAAUGGGUCCAAAGUGCCAGUUAGCUAAUGAAGUAAAUUAUUUCAUUUAAGUAUCUAAGAAAAACGAAAUUAAUGUUUGUUAUUCCAUUUUAAUAUUAUUAAUAUGCCUAAAAAUUGUAUGAUAUUUCGUAAAAAUAUUAAGCGAUUUAAGCAUAAUCAGUAUAUUUGAAAUUAAAUACAGUUCCACUCAUGAAAAGGUAAACUGUAGUAUCAAAGUGAAGCCUUUAUAUUCGAAAAGAAAGAACCGCGAACAGGAAUAUAUAGAAAUACUCUUAAGACAGAUUAAAAUAUCAAUACUGAAAUGAAUGAAAGAAUCAAUGUAUUAUAUUCACACACACACCAAGUGUUUAGAUUAUUAACGUAUUAUAUUUAUACACACCAGGUGUUUACAUUGCACAGGUAAAGUUACAUUUACAUUUAUUAGAACAAAUUCUUGGUUUUUGUUUGCUAUGAAGGGGAUGUUCAAAACCAUUUUCAUAAGCUAUACAUAAGUGUUUAGAACAUUACACUGAAAUUUUGUAUAAUAUUGAAAAAUGUACAGACGUAUUUUCAAACACAACAGCAAAUAAUAGAAACUAAUAAUUGUGUAAGUUGUAGCCAGCCAAUCGCGUGUGCUGUCUUGCACAUAAAUGUUUUGUUUUGUUUUUUUGUCUGUAACUAGCAAAAUUAUAUAUACGAAUUAAAAUAGGCUAUAAAAGUUCUGUACAAAAGUAUUUGUAUCUGUAAAUUAAAAUUAGUGUGCAUUGAUAUAUAAAUAUAAUUAUUUUACUAUUUCAAGUUUAAUCUAUGUUAAAUGCAACCAUGAUUAUUAAGAUAAAUGCUGUCCAUUUCGACUCAUGUGUUGUCUCUCAUUUUUUAUUUUCUUUUUGUACGGGCCUUCUAUAGGCAAUCUUUGAAUUUCGAUUGAUGACAGCUAUACUUGUGAUAUUUGUAAAAAGUGUCUUUCAAACAAUUUUUUUACUGUAAAAAGUUACAAAUUAAGUAUUGACUCGAAAGUCCACCUCAUAUGUGUAAUAAUUCUUAUGAAAUUCCAAUAUUUAAAAACGUAUUUAUUUGUCGUAAAAACCUCCCUACAUGUAUAUUUUGUUUUUCAAACAUGUUCCUUUUGUAUUUCUUUCGUGUAGUCUUGUGUUAAUUUUUUCGUGUAGUCUUGUGUUAAUAUUUGCACAAACGGCAUAUGAUAUAUUUUGUUCGUUUGUUCUUGGGGAAAUAAUUUUAAAAUGCAAUCAAGUUAUUGGGUACUAAUUGUACAUCACCAUAUUGCUUUCAAUAUUAUUGUUUUCCUUAACUGUUUAUACAAGUCAAGUUCUUAUUUUUCAUAGGUAUAUGAGAUAAAAGAAGGCCUUAUGAAUAUGUGUGACGCCACUAUUAUAGGGUGAUUUUUGUGAAAAAUGAUAAAUGUUUUGUAUUACAGUCAUUGACUAAAUAAACAAUG